CCCCCCGUUCGGAUUCGGGGCCGAAGCCGGGUCUCGGGCUCGGUCUCGCGGUGUUUCCAACGCCCCGUAGAGGUGCCACCUUUCGGCCGGAGGAUCGGGGCGCGGGGACUGGCGCGGGUGUGUGGGAGCGAGAGCCGGGCUUGGCCCGGGCCGCUGGCCGUGUAAAUGAGCAAAGAUGGAUCAGGAAGGCGGGGGAGAUGGGCAGAAGGCCCCGAGCUUCCAGUGGCGGAACUAUAAGCUCAUCGUGGAUCCUGCCUUGGACCCUGCCUUGCGCAGGCCUUCUCAAAAGGUGUACCGCUACGAUGGAGUCCACUUCAGUGUCAACGAUUCAAAAUACAUACCAGUUGAAGACCUCCAAGAUCCCCGUUGCCAUGUCAGGUCCAAAAACAGAGACUUUUCCCUCCCAGUCCCUAAGUUUAAGCUGGAUGAGUUCUAUAUCGGACAGAUUCCACUAAAGGAAGUAACUUUCGCAAGGCUGAAUGACAACGUGCGGGAGACCUUCCUGAAGGAUAUGUGCCGAAAGUAUGGUGAGGUAGAAGAGGUAGAAAUCCUUCUUCACCCCCGUACUCGCAAGCACUUGGGCCUGGCCCGUGUGCUCUUCACCAGCACUCGGGGCGCCAAAGAAACGGUCAAAAACCUCCACCUUACCUCUGUCAUGGGCAACAUCAUCCAUGCUCAGCUUGACAUCAAAGGACAACAACGAAUGAAGUACUAUGAACUAAUUGUGAAUGGCUCCUACACCCCUCAAACUGUGCCCACUGGGGGCAAGGCUCUGAGCGAGAAGUUCCAGGGUUCUGGUGCAGGCACUGAGACGACUGAAUCCCGCCGCCGCUCUUCCUCUGACACGGCUGCAUACCCAGCAGGCACUGCUGUGGUGGGCACCCCUGGCAAUGGCACCCCCUGCUCCCAGGACACAAGCUUCUCUAGCAGCCGGCAAGAUACCCCAUCUUCCUUUGGCCAGUUCACCCCUCAGUCCUCCCAAGGAACCCCCUACACGUCUCGGGGCAGCACCCCCUACUCUCAGGACUCCGCCUACUCCAGCAGCACUACUUCAACCUCCUUCAAGCCCCGGCGGUCAGAGAACAGCUACCAAGAUUCCUUUUCCCGCCGCCAUUUCUCUGCAUCUUCGGCCUCCACAACCACCUCUACCACCAUCUCAGCCACCACUACAGCCACCUCUGCAUCCUCUUCCUCUUCUUCCUCAUUGUCUUCAUCAUCCUCGUCGUCCUCUUCCUCAUCAUCUUCUCAGUUUCGUGGUUCUGACUCCAACUACCCAGCAUAUUAUGAAAGCUGGAAUCGCUACCAGCGCCAUACUUCCUACCCACCCCGGCGGGCAGCUCGAGAGGAGCCUCCUGGGGCCACUUUUGCUGAAAACACAACUGAGCGUUUCCCACCUUCCUACACCUCCUACUUGCCCCCUGAGCCUAUCCGGCCCGCCGACCAGGACUACCGGCCUCCUGCCUCAGAGGCUCCACCCCCAGAACCUCCAGAACCUGGUGGAGGCGGGGGUGGUGGGGGCCCUAGCCCUGAGAGAGAAGAAGCUAGGACGUCUCCCCGCCCAGCCUCACCUGCCCGGUCGGGUUCCCCAGCCCCAGAGACCACCAAUGAGAGUGUGCCCUUUGCUCAGCACAGCAGCUUGGAUUCCCGCAUUGAAAUGCUGCUGAAGGAGCAGCGCUCCAAGUUUUCUUUCCUGGCCUCUGACACAGAGGAGGAAGAAGAGAAUAACAGUACAGGCCCUGGGACUAGAGACACAGGGAUUGAGGUGCCUUCUGGGUCAGGUCAUGGGCCCUGCACUCCCCCUCCGGCCCCAGCUAAUUUUGAGGAUGUGGCUCCUGCAGGGAGUGGAGAACCAGGGGCUACCCAGGAGUCUCCCAAGGCCAAUGGACAGAACCAGGCUUCUCCAUGUUCUUCUGGCGAGGACAUGGAGAUCUCCGAUGAUGACAGGGGUGGCUCACCCCCUCCAGCCCCAACACCCCCUCAGCAGCCGCCACCCCCUCCUCCUCCCCCUCCUCCUCCCCCUCCUUACCUGGCUUCCCUUCCCCUUGCUUAUCCUCCCCACCAACCUGCCUACCUCCUCCCACCCCGACCUGAUGGGCCACCACCACCCGAGUACCCCCCACCUCCUCCACCACCACCCCACAUCUAUGACUUUGUGAACUCCCUGGAACUUAUGGAUCGACUUGGGGCUCAGUGGGGAGGGAUGCCCAUGUCCUUCCAGAUGCAGACACAGAUGUUAACUCGGCUCCACCAGCUGCGUCAGGGCAAAGGAUUGACUGCUGCCUCAGCUGGUCCCCCUGGCGGGGCCUUUGGGGAGGCCUUCCUCCCAUUCCCACCCCCCCAAGAAACAGCCUAUGGUUUGCCCUAUGCUCUAUAUACACAAGGGCAAGAAGGCCGAGGGGUAUACUCCCGGGAGGCCUACCACCUGCCUUUGCCCAUGGCAGCCGAGCCCCUGCCCUCCUCCUCAGUCUUGGGAGAAGAGGCCCGGCUGCCUCCCAGGGAGGAAACAGAGCUGGCAGAGGGCAAGGCCCUACCAUCAGCAGGCACUGUAGGCCGUGUGCUGGCCACCCUAGUCCAAGAGAUGAAGAGCAUCAUGCAGCGAGACCUCAACCGCAAGAUGGUGGAGAAUGUGGCCUUUGGAGCCUUUGACCAGUGGUGGGAAAGCAAGGAAGAGAAGGCCAAGCCAUUCCAGAAUGCAGCCAAACAGCAAGCCAAGGAAGAGGAUAAAGAGAAGACAAAGCUCAAAGACCCUGGCCUGCUAUCCCUCGUAGACUGGGCCAAAAGUGGAGGUACCACAGGCAUCGAGGCCUUCGCCUUUGGCUCAGGGCUGCGAGGGGCCCUGCGGCUGCCUUCAUUCAAGGUAAAGCGGAAAGAGCCAUCAGAGAUUUCAGAGGCCAGUGAGGAAAAGCGGCCCCGGCCCUCUACUCCAGCUGAAGAAGAUGAAGAUGACCCUGAGCGAGAGAAGGAGGCUGGGGAGCCAGGACGUCCAGGGACCAAGCCUCCAAAGCGAGAUGAAGAGCGAGGCAAGACCCAAGGCAAGCACCGCAAGUCUUUUGCCCUGGACAGUGAAGGGGAGGAAGCAUCCCAGGAGUCCUCCUCAGAGAAGGAUGAUGAGGAUGAUGAGGAAGACGAAGAAGAUGAAGAGAGAGAGGAAGCUGUGGAUACCACUAAGAAGGAGACAGAAGCAUCAGAUGGCGAGGAUGAGGAAAGCGAUUCGUCCUCCAAAUGUUCUCUGUAUGCUGACUCAGAUGGUGAAAAUGAUAGCACAUCGGACUCCGAGAGCUGCAGUUCUUCUAGCUCCUCAUCUUCCUCCUCCUCGUCCUCUUCGUCCUCCUCAUCCUCUUCUUCAUCUGAAUCAUCUUCUGAAGAUGAAGAGGAAGAGAAGCAGCCAGCAGCCAUUCCCUCAGCCUCACCACCCCCCAGAGAAGUCCCAGCACCAGUGCCGGCGCCUGUGGAAGAGUCUGAGCCAGAGAGAGUUGCAGGCUCCCCAGUCACACCCCUGUCCGAACAGGAGAAGUCUCCAGCAAGACCUGCAGGUCCCGUUGAAGAGCCACCUCCCAGUGUACCCCAACCACCUCCAGAGCCACCAGCUAGGCCCUCAGCUCCGAUCCCCCGCCCUGAUGAGCGCCCCUCUUCUCCUAUCCCGCUCCUGCCCCCACCCAAAAAACGCCGGAAAACGGUCUCCUUUUCUGCUGUGGAGGAGGUGCCAGCCCCAGAGCCUCCCCCAGCUGCCCCUCCACAGGCCAAGGCUCCUGGCCCAGUCUCUCGCAAAAUCCCCCGGGGUGUGGAGCGGACCAUUCGCAACCUGCCUCUGGACCAUGCUUCUCUGGUCAAGAGCUGGCCGGAGGAGGUGCCCCGAGGAAGUCGGAGCCGGGCUGGAAGUAGAGGCCGUUCCACCGAGGAAGAAGAGGGUGAACCAGGGACAGAAGUGGACCUGGCAGUACUGGCUGACCUGGCUCUGACACCAGCCCGGCGUGGGCUAGCUGUCCUGCCUACCGUUGACGACUCAGAGGCCACAGAGGCCUCAGAUGAGGCAGAUCGCCCCAGCCCCCUGCUCAGCCACAUCCUCCUGGAACAUAACUAUGCCCUGGCCAUCAAGCCCAUGCCCUCCACACCAGCCCCUCGGCCCCCGGAGCCGGUCCCUGCCCCUGCAGCUCUCUUCAGCUCCCCAGCAGACGAGGUUCUGGAGGCCCCUGAGGUGGUGGUGGCUGAGGCAGAGGAGCCAAAGCAGCAACAACUGCAGCAGCAAGAAGAGGGUGAGGAUGAGGAGGAAGAGGAAGAGGAAGAGUCCGAGUCCUCUGAGAGCAGCAGCAGCAGCAGCAGUGAUGGGGAGGGGGCAGGCCGACGGCGCACCCUUCGCUCCCACACUCGGCGCCGCCGUCCCCCACCCCCGCCCCCACCCCCACCACCCCUCUCCUUUGAGCCACGCAGCGAGUUUGAGCAGAUGACCAUCCUGUAUGACAUUUGGAACUCGGGCCUGGACUUGGAAGACAUGAGCUACCUGCGGCUCACGUAUGAGCGGCUACUGCAGCAGACAAGUGGGGCUGACUGGCUUAACGACACCCACUGGGUCCAUCACACGAUCACCAACCUGACCACUCCAAAACGCAAGCGGCGGCCCCUGGAUGGGCCCCGAGAACACCAGACAGGUUCAGCCCGCAGUGAAGGCUAUUACCCUAUCAGCAAGAAGGAGAAGGACAAGUACCUGGAUGUGUGCCCUGUCUCAGCCCGGCAGUUGGAAGGAGUGGACACUCAGGGGACUAACCGUGUGCUUUCCGAGCGCCGAUCUGAGCAACGGCGGUUACUGAGUGCCAUUGGCACCUCUGCCAUUAUGGAUAGUGAUCUGCUAAAGCUAAACCAGCUCAAGUUUCGGAAGAAGAAGCUCCGAUUUGGCAGGAGCCGGAUCCAUGAGUGGGGUCUAUUUGCCAUGGAACCCAUUGCGGCUGACGAGAUGGUCAUUGAAUACGUGGGUCAGAACAUCCGCCAGAUGGUGGCCGACAUGCGGGAGAAGCGCUAUGUGCAGGAGGGCAUCGGCAGCAGCUACCUUUUCCGGGUGGACCAUGACACUAUCAUCGAUGCUACCAAGUGUGGCAACCUGGCGAGGUUCAUCAACCACUGCUGCACGCCUAACUGCUAUGCCAAGGUGAUCACCAUCGAGUCACAGAAGAAGAUUGUGAUCUACUCCAAGCAGCCCAUUGGCGUAGAUGAGGAGAUCACCUAUGACUACAAAUUCCCUUUGGAGGACAACAAAAUCCCAUGUCUGUGUGGCACUGAGAGCUGCCGUGGCUCUCUUAACUGAGGUGGGGCGGGACUGGCGCCCAUGCUAUUUAUUCCCCUUUGGUGCCCUGAGCUCCCAGCACCCCCCAGCCUUAGUGGGCUCAGCAGGGCCCACAUGCCCCCAUCUCCAGGUAUGGGGUUGGGGGAUGCCGAGCCCAGUGAGGGAGCCUCAGUCCCUUGAGGCAGCUUCUGCCUCCCCUGUCACCUCUGCCCACCACCCCCUAAUUUUUUUUCUUUGCGGAGAAGAUGUAAAUGUUUUGUAGCUGCCAGCAGCUGUUUCCUGUGGAAACCUGGGGUGCCGGCCUGUACAGAUCCUGUUCUUGGGGGGCUACACGGCCCUUUUGCUUUGUUAAUGGGGAAUUACCCCUUGUGCCCUGGGUGUACCCCUCCCCAGUUUAGGGGUCUCUAGGGGCAGUGGCCAUGUUCUCCCCCUGGGGGGGGGGCCUGUGCCCCCAGUCCUGGGGACUCCGUGCCUGGAACCCUGCCUCAUCUUCUGUUCCUGCCAGACCCUGUGGGCCACCCUCCCACCCUGGUGUCUAGAGGCUCCGGCUUGGCCAGGCCAGGAUGGUGGGAGGUGGGCCCUCCCUGUUGGGCUGGAUUGUACAUAUGUUAAUAGCGCAAACCCAACGCCACAUUUUUAUAAUUGUGAUUAAACUUUAUUGUACAAAA